GGAGUGGGCAGAACUCAACACGACUGUCCUCACGAAAAACAGGGACAGGGAAGUGUUUAGACAGAUAUUUUGUAUUUAUUUUGUGUUAAAAUGGCUUCUCUAAGGCUGGGGUGUCUCCUGCUCCUCUCCUGUUUGUCCCUAUCCCACGUUUCAGCGAUAACCAGGACUUAUUUUAUCCGAAUUGAAGAAACGACCUGGAAUUAUGCUCCGAGUGCGAUGAAUGUUAUCCAGAACAAGACGCUGGCAGAGGAUGAGGAGGCCUCUGUGUUCCUGAAACGCGGCCCUCAGACCAUCGGCUCCUUGUACAAAAAGGCCUUGUAUAAACAGUACACAGACGCCCUCUACAGGACAGAGAUCACCAAACCGGAGUGGCUGGGUCUGCUGGGGCCCAUCAUCAUGGCGGAGGAGGGCGACACGGUUAUGGUGCAGCUCCGCAACGCAGCCUCCAGACCGUACAGCAUCCACCCGCACGGACUCAACUACAGCAAGGGCAACGAAGGAGCGUUCUACCCCGACGGGACAGAUGCCCAGCUGAAGAGGGAUGACGCGGUGCCCCCUGGUGGUACAGUGGUGUAUGAGUGGACCCUCCCUGAGUCGCACAGUCCCACAAACCAGGACUCAAACUGCCUGACCCGCUUCUACCACUCCCACACACAGGCUCCCCGGGACAUCGCCUCCGGCCUCAUCGGACCCCUCAUCAUCUGUAAAAGAGGAAGCCUGGAUCUCCACGGCGACAGAUCGGGGGACUACGUGUACUCUCUGCUCUUCAUGGUCAUGGACGAGAACUUCAGCUGGUACCUGGACGAGAACAUAAAGACGUACAUCACGUAUCCGCAGAAGGGUUUGAAGGAGAGCGAGGAGUUCAUAGAGAGCAACAAGAUGCACGCGAUCAAUGGUUAUGUGUACGGAAACUUACCCGGACUGAGCAUGUGCCAAGGAAACAAGAUCUUCUGGCACCUGAUGGCUCUGGGCAACGAGGUGGACAUGCACUCGGUUCACUUCCACGGGCAGGUGCUGACCGUUCAGAAUCACCACACAGACACCGUCAGCCUGUUCCCCGCCUCCACCGCUGUGGCCGAGAUGGACGCCGACAACACGGGAAACUGGCUCCUGUCCUGCAACGUCAACGACCACCUCAUGGCUGGGAUGCAGGCUUUAUUCGAGAUUAAGAAGUGUUUCCCAAACGUACACAAGCCCCGCCCCCACGGUGAGACCCGCGAGAUUUUCAUUGCAGCAGAAGAAGAAGUUUGGGACUAUGCCCCGACUGCCCCGUCUGAGAGGGACGCAGAGCUGUACGUGAGCAGAGGAGCCCAGCGCAUCGGGAGUCGUUAUAAAAAGGCCCGUUAUGUGGAAUACACCGACAACAGCUUCAUGACCAAGAUGUUACGAACGCCCGAGGAACAGCACCUGGGAAUUAUGGGCCCAGUGAUCCGAGCCCAGGAGCGGGACACGAUCCGGGUGGUGUUUAAGAACAAAGCCAGUCGCCCUUACUCCAUCCAGCCACACGGGGUGCAGUACAGCGUGGAGCAGGACGGGACGCUCUACCACAACGAGCUGGAGGAGACCCACACAGAGAGGACACUGAGGGAGUUGAAGAAACUGCCACGAGUCGUCGCCCCUGCCCCCGGAGCCCUUGUGCGUCCUGGGACAGUGCACACAUACGAGUGGACCGUGCCCAUCGGGGCGGGGCCGGUGGACGGGGAGCCGGACUGUCUCACUUACCUGUACUACUCGGCCGUGGACCCCGUCAAAGACACGAGCUCUGGGCUGGUGGGGCCUCUGCUCAUCUGCAGGCCCGGGACGCUCAAGAGAGGGGCGCAGAGAAACUAUGACAAAGAGUUCCACCUUUUGGCCUCGAUCUUUGACGAGAACCAGAGCUGGUACCUGGACGAGAACAUCCGGAACUUCUGCAGAUCUCCAACCGCAGUGAGGAAGGACGAUGAGGAGUUUGUGGAGAGCAACAAGAUGCACGCCAUAAACGGCUUCGUGUACAGAAACGCCCCGGGUCUGACGAUGUGUAAGGGCGAUAAGGUCACAUGGCACCUCUCUGGACUGGGCUCUGAACAGGACCUGAACUCUCUGCACUUUGAGGGGAACCGCUUCCUCUUCAGACAGAACCGCAGGGACAGCAUCAGCGUGUUUCCUCAUGUGUCCCACACUGUCACCAUGGAGCCCGACAGCAUGGGCGAAUUUGAGGUGGUGUCCCCCACAGUGAGUAACUAUCGCGCGGGCAUGAGGGCCAACUACACCGUUCAAAAGUGCAGUAUGUUCCAGAGGCAGGGCGAGACCAUGCUGCACUCAACGACUUACUACAUCGCAGCGGUGGAGGUGGACUGGGACUACGCCCUCAACAGGACCUGGGAGGAACAGCUCUUCCUCAACAACGACAAUCCAGCGACAGCCUUCCUGGACAAAGAUGGAGGAUACAUUGGCUCUCGAUACAAGAAAGUCGUUUACCGGCAGUACACCAACGAUAAGUUCACCAAAGCCGUGGAGAGACCGCCGGAUAUGGCGCAUCUCGGCAUUAUGGGUCCCAUGAUUCACGCCAGCGUCGGAGACAAAGUGAAGGUGGUUUUCAAAAACAUGGCGUCUCGGCCGUACUCGAUCCACGCGUACGGAGUGAAGACAGAGGUGCCAAAAGUCCAGGAAACUGAACCAGGCGCGACUCGCAACUACUACUGGUACGUGACUAAAAACACCGGACCCACCAAUGAACAGGAGGAGUGCUCCGUGUCAGCGUAUUACUCCACCGUGGACGUCGUUAAAGACCUGUACAGUGGCCUGAUUGGUCCAUUAGUCAUCUGCCGCCGCAGCUGGGCCAGGAGUUUGGGUUUGAAGAAGGAGGUGGAGGAGUUUGCAACACUUUUCCUGAUCUUUAAUGAGAACGAAAGCUGGUAUUUGGAUGAAAAUAUCAGGACCCACGUGAGAAAUCCAAGACCAAACCUGAAGAGUGAAGACGGCUUUAUUGAGAGCAACAUGAUGCACUCGAUUAACGGUUACAUGUACGCUAACGUGCCGGGCCUGAACAUGGAGGUGGGGGAUAAGGUGUACUGGUAUCUGAUGGCGAUGGGCACGGACACGGACAUCCACACGGCGCACUGGCACGGGCACAGUGUGGAGUUCAAGCUUGCGGGAGGGCCCCAUCGCACUGACGCAUAUGAACUGUUCCCCGCAACGUUUCAGACGGUGAAGAUGAGACCUCAGUUUGCAGGGACCUGGCUCUUCCACUGUCACGUGACCGACCAUCUCAAAGGAGGGAUGGAGGCGCUCUACACCGUCAGGGAAAAAGAAAAGAAGAAAGGCAUUUUUGGAUAAAACAUGGACAAACUGCUACACAGAAAAGGCCAAAUUUGAAGAUGUUUUAUAUUUAAAUACGUUUAUAAUUAAAGGUCAUUUGAUUUUCAGCCUGAUGAUAAUAAAACAUACAGAUUUUC